AUGGCAAGCUUCCUCAACCCCCUCGGCAACGCCAGCAGCCAGUCCGGAUACAGCCGCCUCUCCCCCUCGCCCAGCGGCGAGAAGACGCCUCGCACAAGGGGCGUGUCCGCCAUGCACUUCAAGACCGCAACGACCGGUGUUGCGACGAAGAACAUGCGAAAUGAGCUGAACAGGCUCGUGAGCUCCAUUUCCGACCCCAAGACCAAGAAGCUAUUCGACACCGAAAUGCAGUCGUUCUUCUAUCUCUUCACUCGCUAUCUGGCGGAGAAAGCGGAGAGCAAGGAGCUCGUCUGGGACAAUAUUAGGUCUCCCGGGGCGGACCAGAUCGUGCCCUACGACCAGCUUCCGACGAACCCCGACCCGAAGAACAUGAACAAGCUCGCGGUGCUCAAGGUCAAUGGCGGCCUCGGCACGUCAAUGGGCAUGACGGGCGCCAAGUCCGCGCUCGAGGUCAAGGACGACAUGACCUUCCUCGACCUGACCGUGCGCCAGAUCGAGCACUUGAACACGGCAAACAAGGUCGACGUGCCGCUUAUCCUCAUGACCUCUUUCAACACGCACGAGGACACCCUGCGCAUCAUCAAGAAGUACGCGAACCAGCAGCUGCGCAUCACGACCUUCAACCAGUCGCGCUACCCGCGCAUCCUCAAGGAGGACUUGACCCCUGCACCCAAGAAUGCAGAGGACGACAAGAGCAAGUGGUACCCGCCCGGCCACGGUGACCUGUACAACGCGCUCUACCAGAGUGGCGUCCUCGACCAGCUGCUGAGCGAGGGCAAGGAAUACCUGUUCGUGUCGAACUCGGACAACCUCGGCGCUGUCGUGGACGAGACCAUCCUGCAGCACAUGAUUGACUCCCAGUCUGAGUUCAUCAUGGAGGUGACGGACAAGACGAAGGCGGACGUCAAGGGUGGUACCCUCAUUGACUACGAGGGUAACAUCCAGCUGCUCGAGAUCGCCCAAGUGCCCUCGGAGCACGUCGAAGACUUCAAGUCUGUGCGGAAGUUCAAGAUCUUCAACACGAACAACCUCUGGAUCAACCUGAAGGCGCUCAAGCGGAUCAUGGAGGGCGAGGGCAUGGAGCUCGAUAUCAUCGUCAAUCCCAAGACGACCGACGACGGGCAAGCCGUCAUCCAACUCGAGACCGCCGCAGGCGCAGCGAUCAAGCACUUCCGGAACGGCCACGGCGUGAACGUCCCGCGGUCGCGCUUCCUGCCCGUCAAAUCGUGCUCGGAUCUGCUCCUCAUCAAGAGCGACAUCUACUCGCUCGAGCACGGGGAGCUCGUGCUGAACGAGAACCGCAUGUUCUCGACGACGCCGGUGAUCAAGCUGGGCGACCACUUCAAGAAGAUCGCGCAGUUCCAGAAGCGGUUCAAGAAGAUACCGAAGAUCAUCGAGCUUGACCAUUUGACGGUCACUGGUGAUGUGUACUUCGGGCGCAACGUCACCCUGCGCGGGACUGUAAUCAUCGUUGCAAACGAGGGUCAACGCAUCGACAUCCCCGACGGUUGCGUACUUGAGAACCGAUUGCUCUCCGGAAACUUGACGAUGACCGAGCUCUGA